CAUGACUCCGCAGUGAUGCUGCUGACGUGUUAUCUGGUGCGCUCGAGCUUCGUUUACAGUCUGAGGGAGACGCACGCUGUAAAGAGAACAACCUUCGCAAACAUGUCUAAGGAUUUCGACACAGAGGAUGACUUGCAUUUUUUUGCUCAGCCAUAUUUAUUUGAACCCGAAUACACGCAUGAAGAACUAAGAGCGAUGGAAGAAGCUCCUACACAGCAGCAACCGCUGUCACAAGCAGCGUCACUGCGGAGUCGUGAACGCGGAUUGACAACAGACCCGGAAGAGAAGACAAUGUAACCCUUUAAGAGUCAUUGUCUUCUGGCUGAGAGCGACUGACUUUUCCGAUCUUCGUGUUGCUCCUGAACUCCUGAAAAAUAACGAAAAGCAAACUCAGAAUCAGAAACAAAAAGAGACAACAGUAUUUUCAGGUAAGUUUGGGGUUGAAGUAAAAGAUCAGUAUCAAACUUCCAUCAGUGUUAUAAUAAUCACAAGUUUAAGUUAUUGUUUUUUUUUUUUUUUUAAAUGCUCUGUCAAAAAAACAUUCUAGUUAUAUGAAUUUAACCUGCAUUAUGUAAGAAGUUAAGGAACAGUUUAAUUGUCCCAAUCUAUGUACAUUCUUUUCCAUUAUAUCUGUUCUUCUCUAGAUCUACUUUCAUCUGAGGGAUUUGACUGAAUCAAGAUGCUGCUGAUCAUUGAAGCUCUUCUUCUCAUUUUAGCUGCUCUAGGACAGGAUCACAGAGCUGCUGCUUCUGUUCAAGGACAGAUAUUUCCACUGGAUAUGGCACCGGAUUCUGUUGAUGAUCAAUAUAUGGGCUGUCGAAAGAAAAUGGCAAAAUGGGUGGAGACAGAACUUCUAAAGGAUGAACUCGAAAAUGUACCUGAUUUUAAAGCGGCUUGGAAAAAAGGGCAAAAGUUUGUCAAGACCCAAAAUGAUUAUUUUAUCGCCAUUUAUGUGUACAGUGAUGCUACUGUAUAUAAGUACUUCAAUCCUGAAACUCGUCGUGAUAAAGACCAGUACAAACAAAUGACAUACAAAUGGUAUUCACUUCACUUUCUGUUAACAAAUGCAAUACAUAUCCUGAAAAAACAAACACAAAAUCAAUGCUAUUCAACUUUUCGUGGUACAAAUGUUAGAUUUAAUGAGGAUGUUCUGAACAAAGAAGUUCGUUUCGGCUCAUUUUCAUCCUCCUCUCUUGAUCGCAAAGUAGCACGACGUUUUGGAAAAGUGUCUUGUUUUGAAAUCCACACAUGUGAAGGUGCCGAUGUGACAAAAUAUUCUAAGCUUCCCCAUGAGAAAGAGGUGCUGAUUCCUCCAUAUGAGAAGUUUAAAGUCACUGCUGUCAGGACAAAAGAAAAGCAGAAAGAUCUCUGGUGUGAAACUGUGUUUGUUUUGGAAAGCACUGGAACAAGAAGUGACCUGAACUGUGCUCUGUUCAAGAAACCAUCCAAGACCAAAACAAAAAAAUAUGUAAUGAACAAUGUGCUUUGAAAUUACAUAAUAUAGUCACAUACAUCAGCUCAAACAUUUGUUCCUCUUGGUUUAGUUCAGUAAUUAUUUUCCAGAAAAUGCAAUUUGUUUAAUUUCAACAAAAUGAAAUAAAGUUAAUUUUAAGUGACCCAAUUCAGUGGCCUCAAAGUGAUGAUGGAGUUUUUGUGGUUUUCAUUUUGCAGAAGAGAAGCUUGUGGUUUUGUUUUGGUUUUGAGUGGCUUUACUAACACCAUGACACUUUAUGAAAUGAGCAAUAGCUGCUAAAACCUGUGCAAUGGUGAGUGUCUUCUUAAAUGUUCAUCCCUUUAACAUUCAGUUAGAAAUGUUGUUUCUAGCUAGAAGAAAAUGAAAGAUUCAUUUAAGUGAAUAAUUAAGAAAUUCAUUUGAU